GCCAGAGAGCUCCGGAGAGCGCAGAGUCCGCUGUCGAGCUCCACUGGGGAGAUCGCCGACCUGGGCUGGGGCUUCCUCUUCAGGACCGAGGGACACUCCUACCUGCGCCCCCCUCCCCAGAACCCUGCCGCCCACCCCCACGGCUCAGGGGGCGCUCGUGGGCGCGCGCGCGCGCGCACACACACACACACACACACACACACACGCGCGCGCGCGCGCGCGCGCUCAUACAUACAUACAUACCCACACACAGGCACACACGCGCUCACACUCAGCCAUAGCCGCACGCCUAGAGCGAUCACCCCUUCAGCCCCAGCCUAGACCAGCCCGGCCCAGCCCGGUCCGAAGCGGGUGCGUGCACCGGGUGGCCGCCCGGCAGGACAGACGCGGGGAAGGAGGCUUACUCGCCUGGGAUACCCGGGCUCUGGCUCGGGAGCGGGGGCUGCGGGAUGCGGGCUGGCGUCCGCUGGAGCCCCGGGGGUCUACGGGCACUGCUCGCGGCGCUCGGGGCGGCGGCGCUGGCGCUCGGGGCGUCCGCCUAUAAUCUGGCCCCGGAGCACGCCGUGCUCUACCAGGGGCCCGCCGGCUCCUUCUUCGGCUACGCGGUGCUGGAGCACUUCUACGACAACACCCGCUGGGUCCUCGUCGGUGCUCCGAAGGCAGAUUCAAAGUACAGUACUUCUGUGAAGUCCCCUGGAGCGGUUUUUAAAUGUCGAGUCCACACUAACCCAGACCGGAGGUGCACAGAACUGGACAUGGUUCGAGGAAAGAGUCGAGGCACGUCUUGUGGAAAGACUUGUAAAGAAGACAGGGACGAUGAAUGGAUGGGGGUCAGCCUGGCGCGGCAGCCCAAAGCUGAUGGCCAAGUGCUGGCCUGUGCACAUCGCUGGAAAAACAUCUACUAUGAGACAGAUCACAUCCUUCCCCAUGGCUUCUGCUACAUCAUCCCGGCCAACCUCCAGUCCAAAGGCCGGACCCUGAUCCCCUGCUAUGAAGAGUAUAAGAAGAAAUACGGGGAGGAACACGGCUCGUGCCAGGCUGGGAUAGCAGGCUUCUUCACUAGUGAGCUGGUCGUGAUGGGAGCUCCGGGUUCUUUUUACUGGGCGGGGACAGUCAAGGUCCUGAACCUCACAGACAACAUGUCCUUCAAGCUGAAUGAUGAGGCCAUCAUGAACCGGCGAUACACGUACCUGGGAUAUGCGGUAACUGCUGGUCAUUUUGUACAGCCGUCCUCCACUGAAGUGGUAGGGGGAGCACCUCAGGAUGAAGGCAUCGGAAAGGUUUACAUUUUCAGAGCUGACCGAAGAUCAGGCUCCUUAAUUAAGAUCUUCCAGGCAUCUGGCAAAAAGAUGGGCUCUUACUUUGGCUCCUCCUUAUGUGCAGUUGACCUGAACGCGGACGGCCUCUCGGACCUGCUGGUCGGCGCGCCCAUGUUUUCUGAGAUCAGGGAUGAGGGUCAAGUCACCGUCUACAUCAACAGAGGAAGUGGGGCCCUGGAGGAGGAGCUGGUCCUGGAUGGUGACCGUGUCUACAAUGCCCACUUUGGGGAGAGCAUCGCUGUGCUGGGGGACUUGGAUGACGACGGGUUCCCAGAUGUUGCCAUCGGGGCACCUAAAGAAGAUGACUUUGUGGGAGCUGUGUACAUCUACCACGGAGAUGCCGACGGGAUCGUGGCCAAGUAUUCCAUGAAACUGUCAGGACAGCAGAUAAACCCAAUGCUGCGGAUGUUUGGGCAGUCGAUCUCAGGAGGCAUCGACAUGGAUGGAAAUGGUUAUCCAGAUGUCACCAUCGGAGCCUUCAUGUCGGACCAUGUGGUGCUGUUGAGGGCCAGACCCGUCAUCACAGUGGAUGUCUCCAUCUUCCUCCCAGCCUCCAUCAACAUCACGGCGCCCCAGUGCUACGAUGGCCAGCAGCCGGUGAACUGCCUCAAUGUCACCGCCUGCUUCCGCUUCCGAGGCAAGCACGUGCCAGGAGAAAUCGGCUUGAAUUACAUCUUGACGGCGGAUGUGACCAAAAAGGAGAAGGGCCAGCAGCCUCGGGUGUACUUUGUGUCUUUCGGAGAAACGAUGGGGCAGGUCUCUGAGAAGAUGCAGCUCUCCUACAUGGAGGAGAAGUGUGAACACUAUCAAGCCCAUGUGAAGCGGAGGGUCAAGGACGUCAUCAGUCCAAUUGUGUUUGAAGCUGCCUACAGCCUUGGGGACCACGUGAUUGGAAAAGAGGAGAAGGAGCUGCCUCCUCUUACACCCAUUCUUCGAUGGAAAAAGGGACAGAAGAUUGCUCAGAAGAACCAGACUAUUUUUGAGAGGAAUUGUCACUCGGAAGAUUGUGCAGCCGAUCUGAAGCUUCAGGGCAGACUGCUGCUCUCUGGCGUCGAUGGAGAAACACCAUACCUGGCCCUGGGGGCCGUGAAGAAUCUUUCUCUUAAUAUUUCCAUUUCCAACCUGGGGGACGACGCCUACGAUGCCAAUGUCUCCUUCAAUGUUUCUCGAGAGCUGUUUUUCAUCAACAUGUGGCAGAAGGAGGAGAUGGGCAUUUCCUGUGAAUUGCUGGAGUCUGACUUCCUCAAAUGCAGUGUGGGAUUUCCUUUCAUGAGGUCAAAGACCAAGUAUGAGUUCAGCAUGAUCUUUGACACCAGCCACCUGUCUGGGGAGGAGGAAACUCUGAAAUUCCUUGUGACUGCUCAAAGUGGCAAUGUAGAACGCUCCGACUCACUCCAUGACAACACCCUUAUUCUGUCUGUGCCUCUGAUGCAUGAAGUAGACACGUCCAUCACUGGAGUCGUGUCCCCCACCUCCUUCAUGUAUGGUGAAUCCAUUGAGUCAUCCAACUUCGUUCAGCUGGAGGACUGGGAAUGCCAGUAUCAGCCUCUCAACAUCACCCUGCAGGUUUAUAACACUGGACCAAGCAUGCUCCCUGGCUCAUCGGUCAACUUCUGGAUCCCCGACCGUCUUUCUGCAGGAGAUGUCGAGAUGUUUCUCAUCCAGGAGGUGAUGGUUGGUCAAGAGAAAGGAAACUGUUCUUUUCAAAAGAAUCCAACCCCAUGCAUUAUCCCUCAAGAACAGGAAAACAUUUUUCACACAAUAUUUGCAUUUUUCACCAAGUCUGGACGAAAAGUACUGGACUGUAACAGAGUUGGCACCCCGUGCCUAAGUAUCCAGUGCAACCUGACCACGCUGGCCAAAGAGGAGAGCCGCAGCAUUGACCUUUACAUGCUCCUGAACACAGAGAUAUUGAAGAAGGAUAGCUCAUCAGUCAUCCAAUUUGUGACCCGAGCCAAAGUGAAAGUGGAUGCGACUCUCAGGGUGGUGGAAGUAGCCAAUGGGAACCCAGAAGAGGUCAUGGUGGUCUUCGAAGCGCUGCACAAUUUGGAGCCUCGUGGUUAUGUUGUGGGCUGGAUUAUUGCCAUCAGCUUGCUGGUGGGCAUCCUCAUCUUUUUGUUACUGGCCGUGCUCUUGUGGAAGAUGGGCUUCUUUCGCAGAAGGUACAAAGAAAUUAUUGAAGCUGAGAAAAACCGAAAAGAGAAUGAAGACAGUUGGGACUGGGUCCAGAAAAGCCAGUGAGGCGCCAUGCAGCCUGCCCGCCGGUCACGUGCCGCCACGCCUGCUUGCCCGUUGUCCCUGUUCUUUGUAUCUUCCAUAUGUGGAAGAAGGAAUCUUCUCCAGAUUUUUCGGAGGCCCGUCGAUGCAGUCUUGUUCCUCAUUCUACCAUGCAAGGGAGCAGAUCCCGAGGCCACCCCUGCAGCGCUGGCACGUGACCCGAGCAGCGCACCAAGGCUGGAACGGGUGAAUUAUGAACUCCAGAGAGCAAGCUGUGUGCUGAGCAAUAUUUAUGAGUCCAACGUAUGUGGUAAACCCUCAGGGGAAGACUGUUGCCUAGAAGUAUUUUUUAUAAAUACAAGCCUUUUAUACUGAUUAUGUCUUUAUAUUUGUAUCAAUGUUUUAUUAUUUCUACUAAAUAGCUAUAUAGUUCACUCAAGCACUGAUUUAUGGCUGAAACCUGGGAAAUACAUAUAUAUGUGUGUGUAUAUAUAUAUAUAUAUAUAAAUAUAUUUUAAAAACCUAUGGUAUGUUUGAACUUACUGCCCAACAGACUUGCAGCUGAAAUGAGCUAAAGGAAAUUUUUAUUGCCUCUCAUGGAAAAACAACAGGGCUGGCAUUGCCACGUGCAGGCGGCAUAGGGUGGCGCCACAUACAGUGGCUGUGUCAGCUGUGUGUGGCUGUGACACACUGCAGCCUCUGCAUUUCUCUCAUUGCAGUCUCAGUGUAAGUUAGGUGUGAAUGGAAGCUCGAGGGCUUUUCACCAGUGCUCUUCUUUCAAAGAGAUCUGUCACCUCCAGAAGGGGGAAGAGCAGGACCCAGCCACUGGGGCCCCCACCUGCCUUGCCUUCAUUUGGUGGAGAAUCUCACUUCUGUGGGAGGACUGGAUCAGGAGCAUGGUAGAGAGGCCUCAUGCCUUCCACGAGUUUGGCCGAAAUCCUUGCCCUGGGUCUCAUCUGUGUCACUGAGACGCCACACCCAAACCUUCAGGGCCAGUGAGCUCCGUCCGUCGCCAGGGCCGUCUGGGACACCUCAAGCUGGGGGUGGGGCCCUGGCUGCCACCCCCAUUCACAAACAGAGACUUGCCUUCUUCCUCUUCUUCAGCUCUUUACAGCUUCAUGCCCAAGCUUCCCAGGAAGCCAGCCCUGGAAGUCUGACCUCACAGUAAAAGCAGACCGUCAGGCACCACGAAGGCAUAAGAGAUGCCGCAGAUACCAGGGAGACAGCUUUGCCCUCAUUGUCAAGGCUUCUCCUUUGGAAGGGUUUGACAUAAGAAGCAUUCUGCUGCUAUAUUUGAAACCCAGAGCUGUUUUCUGUGAGAAGGCUUUGUCUCAGAUGUAGAGCUGCUGGAAUCUCACCAUCAGAGCCAUCUUUUUCGAAGUGUACCGCGGGCUCGGUUUGAGCAGAUCCAGGUACAAGGAGUUAUGGCCGACUUUGUUUUCCUCCAGCCCUAUAACGGAAAGAGAGCUCCGUGUGCCCAGCUGGACGCAGGCAGUGUCUGAUGCGAGUUGAGUAAUAACCUCACUGAGGCCCUUCCGGUUUGAAGCCUUACGCCUGUGAUGAGUUUGUGAGCUUCCCUCUAAAGUUUGAGGCUUCCCUCGGGUUUUUUGAGGACAAAGGAAGAAGCUGCUCCAGGCUGUUACAAAGUAAGUCUGACGUCUCUGCAUCUCAGCCUAGCAGCUCUCUCUUUGCAUCUGAUUUUUAAAACUGUUUUGUCCUCCAUGCCACUGAGAUUAAAUGUAUGUUGUCAUAGAAGAAUCAUUUAUUCCACCUUUCCUUACAUCAGAGCAGAUGAUGGGGACACUGGGAGUGACAGAGUAAGUGGAAUUCCCCUGGCCAUGAAGGCCACAAGGAUAUUUCAUCACCAGUCUUUGGCCUGUUUGGAGGGGAUUAUGUUUGGAUCAAACCACGAGCAGGGAAAUGCUUUGUGCAGCUGGAAGACUUUGUCCCUGGUGUCUCCCCAGAGAGAUUGGGGUGCUGUAUCCUGCUGUAUCACUCUGGGGAGUCUGGCUUGUGGAGGGGGGCUUCCCAUGAACAACUUUUUAUUUGCUUCCUUCUGGAAUUUUUCUUUAACAAAUAAGUAAGUAUGAAUCUAUUGGCUUAUGGUAACAAACACAUCAGCUCCUCUGUCCAGAAAUGUUUUUAGAUCCCUCACUCCCCACUACUACCAUGCAAGACAUUGACCCAUUUGGACUGAUUAGGAAGGCAGUGUGCCCUUACAGCCAGGAAGGCCUGAGUUCAAGACCGAUUUGUGAUAGCUGACUGACCCCGGAUAAGUCCUAAAAACUCUCAAUCCUUGAGGCAAUACUUUGAGACUUUUCAGUUGUAGAGAAGAUGCUGCCCUGUAUUGGUACAGGGAGCUUCCUCACUUGGAAGUUUUCCAUAUCAAUGAAAUCAUGUGUCCAGUUCUGAUCGUUAUCUCCAAGAAGCAUGAUUGACAUUCCCUAAUCAGUUUCAGUUGGAGGAAUCUUAGGACCUUAGGUGCAGAGCUAAAAGGGGCCUUCAAGGUCCAACCCUCUCACUUCACAGAUAAGGAAGCAAGGUCAGUGAGAUGAGUGGACUUGUCCCAUGUCCCAUGGUAGGAAGGGAUAGAGCUGGGAUCUGAAACCUCGGCAUUGGACUCCACGUGAAGUACACUCUACAUUGUUGUACAUGGGAGAAGCAGUGAAAUGUGAGGGCUUCCAGUUAGGAGUGCCAAGGCCCCUUACCGGGACUCACUCCCACAGAUCAGUACUGCACAGCUCUGCAGUUUCAUCAGUGCGCUGAUCCCCCCACCAUGCAGAUUGCAGCUCUUCUGUAACUUAGUCUUACAGAGAAAUACCUGAGGCUCAGAGAGAUUGUAACUUGCCCACUGACGCACAGCAAGUAAAUGUCAGAGACAGAUUCCAACCUGGGUUUUCCUGGCUGCUCACCUCAAGAACAAAGCAUAAAGUCUUCUGCCAUGCCAGUCUGCCCUAAGCAAAUAUAGAUGCCAGGCAAAAGAUGCCUGAAGGUAAUGACAAGCUGUGGCUCACUCAGAUACUGAAAAGUCCAGCCUACUUUCAGAAAUGCCUCAGAGUGGGAGGGGAGUUCAGAGGCCAGGUGGUCCCACCCACAGUUCCACCAGAAUCCUUUUCCAUAUAUCCUGCUGCCCCCUUCUUCAAAUCAGGGUGACACUUCACAUGUCUCCCAGCAGCUUCUCAGAGGAGCUUAGCUACACCUGGGGUUUCCCCAGCUUCAGCCUACUUGGUGGUUUGGGGCCCAUGAGUAGAAUGCAAGCCCUUUGAGGGCAGGAGGGGGUGAGGUUUUCUUGUCUUUGUAUUCCCAGUACCUGGGACAUAGUAGGUGCUUAAUUAAGGCUUGAUGAAUUGAGUUAUUGAGUCGAAUGAGGAAGGUUUGGUUUCCCUGUGCUCUCAGUAAUGUUCAUUGUGGGUUUUCUUCUCUCUCGCCCCCAGGGAAGGUUAUUGACUUCACUAAUAUACUUGUGGUCCAGUCCCAUUGGUAGCCCUAUCUUCCACCUUCCUCCCAAUGUCUUACCUGAGGUUUUCAUUGACCUUCAGAGAGAAUAAAAUGUUUACUAGCUACAGAACACAGGACUUUUUGUUUUAGAAUGUAGCAAAAGCAAUCUUCCCUGUUUGGGGUUGACUCCCUGUGGCAUGACUUGGACCCCAAGAGAAAUGAGUUCUGUAGGGUGAGAUUUUGACCCUUCGUGUAAAGUCACCCAGGAAGCCCUUGAAAACAAGGGCACAUUAGUAAGAGCUGCCCAGGAAGCCUUGCCUUCUGCUUUACUGUAAAAAGGCAUGGGGUCAUCAUUACUCACCAGGUAGGUCACCAAAGACCUCAGUGGGCAGGCCUUCAGAAGCCCCUUUAAGCCUCAGCAAGGGUCCAGGGACAGCUAGUCUGUGGAGAAUACGAUAGAAAAUCACGUUUGUACCAGGUGGUGGUACCUGAGCUAGAGGCAAGGAGGUAAGUGAGGAGGAGUAUCCUUCCCGGGAAACCUCCAGCACCUGUCUUCAUUGAGUCAGGAAAGGAAUGAACAGAGGGGCCAUGUCAAGGCCAAUAUCUCCCAAAUGGAACUCUUCUAUUAGAUUUGCCUUGGUGAGACAGGGUGCCUGAGCUGAGUACUGUUUGUAGAUGAGUGGUGUUAAAUAUAAAAAUGAUAUCAGGUUAAAUGUAUGAGGUUUCAACUCUUCCCUAACUUGAAGGGCAUUAUAUAAAGAAAGAUUUUUUGGGGGGAGGCAGAAGGGAUAGAGGAAAAUCUUUAACAGUAGACAGAAAAAUAGGAUGUUUUUCAAAAUGCUCCAAGUGUGUAAGGUGUAUUUGUAUUUUUAAAGUAAUGUUUCACAUUAAUAUAUAAAAUAUGCACAUUAAAGAAUGAAUAAAAGAAUUCUUGGUUAAGUGUAAGAUAAAGAAGCAAUAAUUUUUGCUGUCCCUAUCACUUAGAAAGGAAUGGUAAUUCCCAGUUUGAUUAUUGCAUGUCUUCUGUGUUUUUGGUUGGUUUGGGGAAUGGUGCCCAAUUCCUAAGCUGGUAAAGAUGCAGUAAGACCUGGUGAUCAAGAACGGAGGCUUUGUAAUCCUAAUGGAUGGGGGCUGACUGUCAAUGCCUCACUUUCUAAACCUCACUAAGGGACAGAUAAACUGUAAAUUUCUCUCUUGAAUGUUGCUGGGAGGGACAGUCCCAUCUCUCUCUUGAUUCUGCCUGUAUUUGCAUUUCUAUGGUCACUUCUUUUCGAAUUCACUUGCACUGUUUUGGAAAUGCCAAGUUUACAAAAAUUCGUGUUUGGAAUAAAAGAGAAAAAAAAUACAAAUGA